AAAUAAAUGAAAAAUUAUAAUUAAUAUGAAAACUCAUAAGUUGAGAAAUUUGGGAACAAUGAUAAAUUGAUAUUUACUUGUGAUCAUGCAACAAAUGUGUAAAUUAUUACAUUUAUAAAGAUUACCAUAAGGUUUUGUAUGGUCUGAAGAUGAUUUAAGAAAUUUUGCAAAUACACAUUGGGCUAUAGAUAUAGGGUAAUCAAAUUUUAUAAAUUUAUUAGAGCAUUGAAUUUAGCAAAAUAUUUGGCCAAUCAAACUCAAUCAACUCUUGUACAUAGUAAAUAUAGGUAUAAGAAUCCUAUAAUAUUUAGUCGACUUUAUUGUGAUGUAAAUAGGUAAAUUCAAUCAGAAUCACUUUUCAGAGAAACAGGAGAUAAUAUGUAAAUAGAAUUGAAUAAAAGUAAUUACACCUAUAAAUUUCAGAUUUAUCACUUGAAGAAUAAUGGAUAAGAAUUUAAUAUCAUUCAAAUUAUCAUUUUUAGGUUAGAUAAACUAUACAUACAAUAAAACCAUAAUUUAUUUAUUCAAUUCAUUCAUUUACACCUCAAUAUGAAGGAAAGAAAAGAGAUGUUGAAAUAGGAAUAUUAACAAGCAUUUUUGAUGAAUUUGGAGAAGAACAUCAAAAGAUUUUAAAAAAUAAAGGAUAUGAUUGUAGAAUCAAUGAACCUUAUACAGGAAAAAAAGGUUUAAACUUUUCAAUUGAUUGGUAUUUAUUUUAAUAUUUUCUAAGUGCUUGUUUAACAUUUUCAAAACCUAUAGUAGGAACAUUGUUUGAAGUUAGAAAUGAUAUUCUUAGUAAUCCAGUUAGAUUUGCAAAAGUUUCAGAAGAUAUUUUAUAAACAAUUUUAGAAGUCAUAACAAAAUGGAAAUGAGUU